AUGCUCUCCGCAGGGGAACGGCCACAGCCUCCCCACCCUCCAACCAUAAUAGAUUCCGCCGUGAGCAAGGCGCGUAUCAUGCCGGACCUCACCAACGGAACCAACGGCGUGACAUCCUCCACACCCUCCAAACCCGCGGAAAUGCAACAUAUCUGGAUCGUGACUGGGCCAGCAGGGUGCGGAAAGAGCACCGUCGGCAACGUCCUACGCACCGAGCUAGCGAUCCCAUUCCUAGAAGGCGACGACUACCACCCCGCGUCAAACAAAGAUAAAAUGGGCAACGGCACACCACUCACAGACGAAGACCGCUGGGACUGGCUGAUCUCCCUGCGACGAGCAGCAAUCGGAGUGCUCUCCCCCUCAGAAACCAACAACUUCCACCCACCCACCGGCGUGGUAGUAGCCUGCUCUGCGCUGAAGCAGAAGUACCGGGAUGUGAUGCGUGUCGCUGCAUACGGCUCACCCUCGGUGCAGAUCCACUUCGUCUACCUCAAGCUCAGCGAGGAGGUGCUGAUGCAGCGUGUCACACAGCGCAAAUCACACUACAUGAAGAACAACAUGGUCCACUCACAGCUUGCGGCGCUUGAGGAGCCGAUGGGCGAGUGGGAUGCUAUGACUAUCAAUGUUGAGGGCACGGUGGAGGAGGUGCAGCGGAAUGUUAUUGAUGCUGUUACUGAUAAGCUUGCUGAGUAUAAGUGA